CUUGCAAGCUUCACCAACCAUUGUACCAGCUUGCCAUCCAAGAUGAAGGCUUUUGUAGUACUUUUUGCCAUAGGAAUCGCAGGGGCAGUACCCCUGGCGAAGGAAGAAGGUCCAAUGGAGAAAUUCGUCUCCGCAUUAAGGGAGUGUGUGGAGGCUGACACGAUGCUAUGCCUCAAGGAAAAAGCAAUGAAACUGACAGAAAACUUGGCCAUGUCCAAGGAGCUGAGCAUUCUAGAUGGAGUUUCCCUCUCCAGAACUGGAAGCCCAAGGUCGGCCAGGAGUUACGAACCACUGCCAGAGGAACCCAAAGCCAGAGAAAUGCAGAUUGAAGAGAGAAUCAUGGACAAUGUCGUGGAUUUCCUUGACAGUCAUGUCUUGCAGCUGAGAAUGCCGAAAUCUUUUGAAGAAGACAACUCCAUCGAUGAGGAAGGUCGUGGCAAGAAGAAGAAGAAGCUAAAGAAACUCCUCCCCAUCCUGGCCCUCAUCAAGCUAAAACUGGCUGCCCUUGUCCCUCUGUUCCUUGGCAUAAUCGCCUUUGCCGUGUUCAAGGCGUACCUCCUCGGAAAGAUUGCCUUCAUUGCUGCAGCUUUCGGAGCCAUAAAGAAGCUUCUAGAAUCCAAGAAGAGCAGCGGCUGGUCCGAGCCUCCUCACGAGGAGCAUGGCUGGGAAAGCCAGGGUGGAUGGGGAAGGUCGCAAGAUGCCCAAAAGAUGGCUUACGCCGCUCAUGCUAAACAAGCGUAGUUUGUACCUUAGUUUCGACUAAGCAUUCUUAGACCAUUCGUACACAGAUCGUAAGCGUCAUCGAAUUCUUUCAUUCAUUCAAAGGGUUGUGCCAGUCAGUUUAGGCGUUAACUCAUGCGUAGAACAACGCAAAGAACGCCAUUUUUAUUUCAUCGACGGCGGCGCGCUAAAGUUAACGUAUAAGGUGAUUGGUGUUCGGCUCUAAAGAACACACACGACGCUGUGUUUCGAUUCAGUUAGCGUCGAGUGCAAUAUUCUUUGAAUAUUCUCGUGUUAGUUGUAACAUCGAUACGAUUCGAUCACGAGACGUUACGAUUGCGAGUCGUGUCCGAAUGGCCUGUAACCACCGUAUUUGGUAAAACUUGAAACGUGUGCAUGUCAGUAUUUAUUUUUUACAGAAAUAAGUAGAGUAUUCUAUGAGUUAAGCGUGAUGACUGAUUUAUUUUAUUUUGUAUAUAUUUAUGUAUAUAUUAUGAUUUAUAUUUGGUUAUAGUUCGGUACCUUGCUUUAAAAAUUCAAUACUCUAUCCACGUCGUAAUGAGAUUAGACGAGAUUAUGUGUAUAUGCUGAUCUAGUAUGUGUUAACUUUUUUUACAUUAAUUAUUUAGAAGCUUCUAGAUCAUUUUCUUCAUAAUGUCCUUUUUAAAUAUUUUAUUAUCUACAUUCAGUUUAUUUUCUUCAGUCAAUAUCUAUUUCACGAGGUUACCUCCUAGUAUAUUAUAACAAGUACAUUUGUAUAUAUUAUAUUUAUAAGUUUAUCUUUAUCAUAUACGUAUAUUAUUACCACAUAAUGUAUUUAUAUAUAUUUUAUACAUUUAUUUUUAUCACAAACUUUUUUACCGCAUUAAUUAUUUACCAUAUAAUUUUUAAGUUUUCGUUCCAAAGAUGUUUUGUUGUAUUUUCAUUUGUGUUCUUUUAGUUCAUAUUUAAUUAUUAAUUUAUGUGUGUAUGUUCAGUCAAGUUUUAAUUACCAAGUUAAUUUAUUAAUUGUGUGGUGUUGACAACGUGUAACUUAAGUUAUUUAUUUUACGAUGGAUCCACGUAAAACCGAAAAUAAAAAGUGUAAUCUAGAA